UUAGCGUUUGGCACUAGCCUCCAAAGUCGAAACCCAAAAGCUUCUUCCAGCCACCAAAAACCAGUGUCGUGAACGUGUACAAUUCCACAACCACUUUAUUUACUCUCCUUCUCUCCUCUCCCUUGAGCAGAUUAAAAUCAUGGGUCCGAUGCUGCUGAGCCAACUCGCCACCGGUCUAAGCGUUCUCGCCGGAGCGGUUCUUGUGAAAUCGGUUAUGGACCAGAAGCCCAUGGCAGGCCCAUUCACUCGCUGCCCCACGUGCAACGGAACCGGUCGAGUCACGUGCCUCUGUUCGCGUUGGUCCGACGGCGAUGUCGGAUGCUCCACAUGCUCCGGGUCGGGUCGGAUGGCCUGCAGCAGUUGCGGCGGCUCCGGGACCGGUCGUCCCUUGCCGGCCAAAAUCGCGAUUCGCCCACCGAACCGCCCAAUUAAUUAGGUCACCUAUUCGUUGGGCUCGCUCGCCACUACUCCUUUUAGCGUUAGUAUAACAUUUUAUUUUUAUUUUUAUAUCAAUCAAUUAUCAAUUAUUAUGUAAUAUAAAGUUGAACGUUACCACCUAGGCAAAUUAAUUGUUAGGUUCCAAUCAUAUACUACUAGUAUUACUGUAAUUCGUAUUCUUGAUUUCUUAUACAAGCAUAGAUUUUUGCUCCUC